UCUUCCAUCAUCGAGAAGAAACCAAACAGAAACAGAUCCAAUAAAAGAUCGAAAAUCAAAUUCCCCCAAUUUCCUUAAAAUCCCCUCCGUCAAAUUCUACGAACAAGGAUCACAAUCUCUUGAAUUCGUUUUUAACUGUAGAAAUUGGCUUCUGGAUUCACUCUAUUAGCAUCAACAAAACAUGAAUUUUAUAAUUGGAGCAUUUAAAGCGCCUUGUAACAUUUCAAUCACAUUGUCUGAUGGAAGAACUCGCAAACAGGUUCCAUUGAAGAAGGAAAAUGGACAAACUAUUAUGGUUCCUCUAUUUAAAAGUCAAGAGAACAUUAUAGGAGAGGUUGCUAUAGAACCAGUUCAUGGGAAGAAAGUUGAACACACUGGGGUUAAGAUUGAGCUUCUUGGUCAGAUAGAGCUUUACCUUGACAGGGGAAACUUUUAUGACUUUACUUCUCUAGUCAGGGAACUUGAUGUGCCUGGUGAGAUAUAUGACAAAAAAUCAUAUCCAUUUGAAUUUUCAACUGUUGAAAUGCCAUACGAGACUUACAAUGGGGUAAAUGUAAGGCUUAGGUACGUUUUGAAAGUGACUAUCAGUCGUAACUACGUCAACAACAUUGUUGAAUAUCAAGAUUUAGUGGUUCAUAACUAUACGCCGCUUCCACCGAUCAAUAACAGCAUUAAGAUGGAAGUUGGAAUUGAAGAUUGCCUGCACAUUGAGUUCGAGUACAGCAAAAGCAAGUAUCAUUUGAAGGAUGUGAUUAUAGGCAAAAUAUAUUUUCUUCUUGUGAGAAUCAAGAUUAAGAAUAUGGAGCUUGAAAUACGGCGGCGAGAAUCAACAGGAUCAGGUCAAAAUACGUAUGUUGAGACCGAGACCCUUGCGAAGUAUGAAUUGAUGGAUGGUGCUCCAGUCAGAGGGGAGUCUAUUCCAGUCAGACUGUUUUUGAGCCCAUACGAGCUGACACCUACAUACCGCAACAUUAACAACAAGUUCAGUGUGAAAUACUACUUGAACCUUGUUCUUGUAGACGAAGAGGACAGACGGUAUUUCAAGCAGCAAGAAAUUAACGUAUUUCGCCUCUUGGAAAUAUCUUAAUUGUUCCAGCUUUGACCAGUGGUCGGUAUUCAAUCCUGAUUACAAGAACAACACGAGGAGAGAAACCCAAUAAUUGCUUCUUCAGUAGGAAGAAUGAUGUGAUUGUUUUAAAGCAAAUGUUAGUUACUGUAUAUUUAAUCAAAGGGCAUGGUUGGUCGGGGAUCACUUUUGACACGAUAGGUGGUGAAUACUAAACACGCAGACGCUCAGAGAGCCUUAUGGGUGAAGAAGGAACAAGGUAUGGUUUGCUGGGGAAAUUCUCCUUAUGGCCUUGUGUGUUCCAUGCUACGUGGCUAAUUCUCCUUAUAUGGCCUUGUGUGUUCAGUUUGAUUUUGUGACGUUUGCUGGGGAAAUUCUCCUUAUAUGUUUGCAGAGUCUAACAUUUUGUUUUGCCACUUCUGCCAGUACAUACAAUACAAUUAUAGAUCUUGUUUUGUUUGAAAGAACAUGCAUCACCUGGCUAGUUUGUUAGAACAAGAGGAAAUAAUGAAUACAUUUUCCCCAUAAAA